CUGUCUGAAUUUUAGCUCUCUUUUUCUCUCUGCUGUCUCUGUCUCCUGCCCUGAGUGGUGUUUGGUCUGCUUUUGUUCUCUCUCGAGUGAUACUCUUGAGGUUAAAGACAGAAUUUUUAGUGAUGGGCUGGUUUCCUUGCGGUGGAAAAUCAAAUAAAAAUGCAAAGAAGAAGCUUGAUGAUCAGAUCCCGUCAACAUCUGAUAAGCUGUCAUUAGAUGUAAAGAAGGAAGGCUCUAAGGAUGGAGGAUCUGAUCAUAUUGCAGCACAUACAUUUACAUUUCGUGAAUUGGCAGCUGCAACAAAGAAUUUCAGGGCAGAUUGUCUAUUGGGUGAAGGAGGUUUUGGCCGCGUAUAUAAAGGGCGAUUGGAGAGUACCAAUCAGGUUGUGGCUAUCAAGCAGCUGGAUCGUAAUGGCCUACAAGGAAAUAGGGAAUUCCUUGUCGAAGUUUUGAUGUUGAGCUUGCUUCACCACCCUAAUCUUGUGAACUUAAUUGGUUAUUGUGCUGAUGGAGAUCAGAGACUUUUGGUCUAUGAAUACAUGCCAUUGGGGUCAUUGGAAGACCAUCUACAUGGUAUGUAUCAGAUUAUGUGCCAAUAUUCUCAUGUCCAAAUUUCUGAGCUACUAGAAUUUGGGUUUCUAAAGUAUCUUAUUUCCAGUAAGUUAGUUUGCAUAAAAAAAAUUCAGGCUCAAGAAAUCUCAAAUAUCAAAAAAAAUAAUUUUUUGCUCAUGUUUGUUCCAGAUCUGCCACCUGAUAAGAAACGAUUGGACUGGAAUACAAGAAUGAAAAUAGCUGCAGGUGCUGCGAAAGGUUUGGAGUAUUUGCACGACAAAGCUAGUCCCCCUGUUAUAUAUCGUGAUUUGAAAUGCUCAAACAUUUUACUUGGCGAUGACUAUCAUCCGAAGCUAUCUGAUUUUGGCUUGGCUAAAUUGGGUCCUGUUGGGGAUAAGACCCAUGUAUCCACCAGAGUGAUGGGAACCUAUGGAUAUUGUGCACCUGAAUAUGCCAUGACAGGUCAGCUUACACUGAAAUCAGACGUUUAUAGUUUCGGAGUUGUUCUUCUUGAGAUUAUUACUGGCAGGAAAGCCAUUGAUAAUUCAAGGGCUGCUGGGGAGCACAACCUGGUUGCAUGGGCGCGACCUUUGUUUAAAGAUAGGAGGAAAUUCGCACAGAUGGCUGACCCAAUGCUCCAAGGCCAGUACCCAGUUAGAGGUUUAUAUCAAGCUCUUGCUGUUGCUGCAAUGUGUGUUCAGGAGCAGCCUACUAUGCGGCCCGUCAUAGCUGAUGUUGUCACUGCCCUUUCCUAUCUUGCUUGUCAGAAGCAUGAUCCUGAAACCCAGCCACCGGUCCAGAGCUCCCGCAUGAGCUCUUCCACCCCUAGAACCAGAAGGGAACAGUGAAGUAGUUGGAUAGCCGAGAGUAUCAAACAGAUUCCAGUUCUUAGAAGUUCAUGAUAGCAAUUGUUGUCAAUCUAUUACCAGUGACACAGCUCCAGAAUGUCUCCUCAGGCUGGGUUUAUACUUGUGGAGGUCGUUGCGUAGAAGUUCAGCAUUAUACAGUUCGCAGCUGUACCUGUUAUUGUGCCUGCUUAACAAAUUUUGCAUAACCCCAGAUAGCAGGUGCAAUGGCCAGCUCCAAUGUUUGGUAUAUGAAGAUUCUUUUACGUUUCUUUCAAUUUCUGGUUUAUAUUUAGCCCUUUCUCUGCCAUUCACCCACUACAAUUUUCUUUUUCUUCUGUUCUUUUGUAUACAUUUGAGAUUUGGGGCUUUGUAUCUAAAUAUCUUCUAUAGAGAGACUGGCGUCUCCUUAAAGAGAAUACGUAUAUAUGUUGGUAGGCAUUAUCUUUUCAUUGAUGUAUUCACUAGAUUUAUCUCGAUUUCACGCAUAGAUGUUGUUUCUUUUCCUAUUUA